CAUAUUUCCACCAUUAUGCAGGUUAUGUUGUAAAUUAUGAUCAAACAAAGGGAUAUUGUUGGUAACAAUGGGGAGAGGAAGUUACGUCAUAGAGCGAGGUCGAAGAUCGUGGCAACGAUUAUUAAAAUCGCGACCGCGUUCGCCGUUUUUGUGACGUCAUUAAUUUUGUUGACGUCAUUGCUGAAAACGAAGUUUUUCUCUGACGUCAUUAAUACGUCACGAGCAGAACUACGUCACGAAACAAUUGAUUUGAAUAUUUACCGCCAAGUUGAGUUGCUGGUGGUUAGGAAAAGACGAAGUUCAGAGUUGGCUCCUUCGACAGUGGUUGCGAAACAUCCGGACGCAGAAGGUACUUGGCCCAAUGAUCUACACUCUGGUGGGAUAUAUUCGCUGGAAAGUGAAUUAAUAUUAAACACCAAGAACCAGAAGAUCGCACAUAAACAACCAACAUUGGAAGAUGCAUUGUUGGCUCCUGGGAAUGCGACGGUGUAUGAACGAACCAAAGAUUUCUGCGAAGAAUUAGCAGCAAAAAAUUCCUCGCAUGACAACACAACAGGUGAGGAAGGAGGGCAUGGCGGGAAACAUGACACGUGUUCGAUGGAACGAAACUCGGGAGUUCCAGCUCUGUGGACGAUCCUCUAUAUCUUUAUCGUAUUGUUCCUGUUUAUAGCUUUAGCGAUCAUAUGCGACGACUUCUUCGUUCCAUCACUGGAGGCAAUAUCCGAGAAACUAAACCUUAGCGAUGACGUAGCCGGCGCCACUUUCAUGGCGGCUGGUUCAUCAGCGCCAGAGUUGUUCACUUCAAUAGCUGGUAUCGGGGCAGGAAGUGACGUCGGUGUUGGGACGAUCGUGGGGUCCGCUGUGUUCAAUCUACUCGUCAUCAUAGCUUUGACGUCAGCAUUGGCGGGCCGGGUAUUGCAAAUAGAUUGGCGACCAUUGAUUCGGGAUUCCAUCUUCUACGCUCUGUCUAUUAUAACCUUCAUCAUGUUUUCAUGGGACGCAUAUUUUGUUUGGUGGGAAUCAUUCCUAUUGUUGCUUCUGUAUGUCCUUUAUAUCGUCACAAUGAAGUUUAAUCCGAUGCUGAUGGAAUUUAUGGCGUCAUGGAAGUGCUGCUCAUGUUUUGAAUUAAAAGAUGGCCGAAUAUCGCCAAGUGCUGUUGAACCUGUAGAAGCACCUGCUGAGGAAAAGAACCCACCGCCCCCAACACCAAAACCACAGGUCGAACCUCCUGCCCCAACCAACACAGUUAUUGUUGAAGCUGAAAAGAAAAUCAAGUUUAGAAAAAGUCAAAGUUUGGACGCUGCAAGGUUAGGCAGGGGUUGUGGGUGUCGUCGUUGCUGCUGUUGUUGUAGAAACAGAAGGCUGACAAGGCUGGACGAAACCCCACAAACAGAAGAUCAAGUUGAUGAUGGGUUGAUAUGUGAUGAAUGUUUGCAAGCUCAGCAAUACGAGACGAGAUACAAAGAGGUUGGUGAAGGAGUUGAUUUGGGAGGUUGCGAUAAAGAAGAGGGAAGAGAUGGAUGUUGCCGACAUCAAAAGAAGAGUCCGCCUCCUCCUUAUUCAGAAAAUGAAGAAAAUUUCAGCAAAGAAUUUGAAGCUGGAUUGAGCGACAACACAGUCCAACCCUCAAGAAACUCGAACCAAAGCAAUCAUAAUCGAUUCAUUUUCCACCCAAGGAGUUGUUCGUGCGGACAUUUUGGGACAAACCCAGACUUUUCAUCAGUUGACAACGAUGUCGACGCUUACAGUGAAGUAGCGAGCGUGGGUGAUGUCAUGUCUGGGAGACCUCAAGUGCCAGAUGAACCUGAGUCACCUGACCAACCAACAUCAGAGGACAACCCUCCUGUCGCAGGUGAAGCAGGAUUGAAUGAGAAUGUUGGAAAAGAAGAAGAAACAAUGUCGGUGUUCCCGUGUCUUCCUCCUAUCAGGCACCCCCCUCCUGAUAAACCAGAUUCUAGUCACUGUGUACCGAGUGCAAAGUACUUGGGGAACUUGUUCGUUUAUGUUUUAUCUUUUCCAUGGAUAUGUGCUUAUACGUGGACCAUACCUGACUGCUCUAAACCAGACACGAGGAAAUGGUAUUUGUUCUCUUUCUUCAUGAGCAUUCUAUGGAUUGCCAGCAUCAGUUAUGUUAUGGUGGCGGCUGUGGAAAUAAUUGGAUGUUUGUUGGGCGUUGAUACUUAUACGAUGGGGUUGCUCGUGAUUGCUGUCGGGACAAGUGUACCGGAUGCCCUCAGUUCCAUCCUGGUUGCACGUGAAGGUUACGGUGACAUGGCGGUGUCGAACGCUAUCGGUUCAAACGUGUUCGACAUAAACCUUGGGCUUGGCUUGCCUUUCCUCAUCGCGAGUCUCAUAACUUCGGAACCUGUGCAUUUAUUAUCUCCAUUACAAACAUGUCUGAUGUCCAACCUCCCCCUUCCCUUUCAAAUGGUUCCCCACGUUAAGUUUGGGUUCAUCUUGUUGUUGAUCCUCGCAGUGUGUCUCGUUAUGUUCAUCGCUGUGAGGUUCAGAUUAAACCGAGCUGUUGGCGUGAUAUUCGUGUCGUUAUACAUCGGAUUCAUGAUCUAUGCGUUUGUGCAAGAGAAAGUUUGCCAUGCUUUCUUUUGUUGAAACUUUUCAUAUCAAAUAAAUUAUUCUUUUGUUUAUACAUCACAGGAUUUUAUUUAUAUUUGCAAAACUCAGAAAUAAACAAUCAAGACUAGUGAA